AUGGAUCUUCUCACGCGUCUGAUCGCAGGCUCCGGCAACUCUCCAACCAAGCGGCAGAGCAAUACCCCGGCCGAACGCCUUUCAACCUGCAAAAGCAUAUGCAAUGCUUUGACGCACACAUGGCGUAGCGGGAAGGUCGAGCAAGAAGAUGAAUCUGCCCUGACCUACACAGCAAAACUCCUCCACCGCCUCGAAGCUCUCCUCCAUGACGAGUCCCGCCGAGCAGCUCCUCAUUCCUGCCUCAGAUAUGUAGCCUCGAGUCAGACCUACAUCAUCAUCACAAAGCUAGCCGUCUCAUCAAGGGACGUGGAGAUCAUCGGUCUAUCCGCCCAACUCUUCCACGUCCUCAUUAAUGGCGAAGCCGAGGGACUUCUGGAUAGCAAACUAUUCACGAGGUCACUGCUGGAUCUAGUAUGCUAUGCUACAAUAGGAGGCCAAGUCAUCGUUGAGGAACGGCUGCAGACCGACCUAGUCGAGUUGCUCUUCGAGAUUGCGACAAAGAUUAGGUCUGACCCGGACAUCCUCCCCGCCUGGUUCUUCCCAGAGCGUGAGAACGCCCGAGGCCGCACUAGUGCAGAUGAGUCAAGGAGAAGUCAAUUUCCCUUAUUCUAUGUCCUGGUGCAAUACGUCCAUCAUGAUGGUCCUGUGGGCGAUUUCGCCAGGACCGCCUUGUUAUAUUUGACUGAAACUGCUUCCAGGUUCAAACCUCUGGAGACUUGGAUGAUCGAAAGUGAUUUAGCACCGCAAAUGGCUAGUGGUCUUGGUGCUUUGUAUAGCAGAUUGAGCAGGCAAUCUAAUUCUCUGGGCACAGGAGCAGCUUGUAUUCCCAUCGUCGCACUGUCCGACAAACCACAGCCCCUACAAUCGAUCUCAAGUCCCAAUCCAGACGCUCAAAACGAGACCAAAUCCUUCUACUCCUACUUGGCAUUCUGGCAAGAUACGCUGAAUCAUUGUAAAUCAGUCGAAGUCAGAGAUACUUUGUUGGACCAUUUUCAGGUACUCUUCGUGCAGCAACUAUUGUACCCUUCGCUGCUGGAGUCCUCUGAUGUUGAAGGAGGCUCCACAGCUGCAGUGAUCUCACAUCUUUACCGCCUGUUACAAGCACUCGAACAUUAUCAGCUGGUCGACCGAAUCUUGAGCUAUCUUUUGGCAUCGAUGAAUGUGCCGGUUGAGCCAAGAGAAAAGGGACACCGACGGCAAAGGAUGUCUGUCAGUCGCAGAAAAUCAAUAGACCACCUGAAAGCUUUGGUAGAGGUUGACGACACUCCUUCCCCAAAUCUGUUCAACCUCCUGGACUUGAUGGUGAUAAGUUUGAAAUCCAGCCACCCCGAAACUGUCAACGCCUGUUUGAAGCUCCUGUCCAUUAUCGUGUCAAAACACCAUUCUCAUGUGUUGUCGAAUCUCUUCCGCCUGGAACCUGCAUCGAAUUUACAGCUCCAGCGUGGAGUCAAUCAGUUCAACAGCAAUAUGAUUCAGCUGUUUGACUAUGCGGUCGCGAUAUCUGAAUAUGACGGGAUGGAUAGCUCGUAUCAAGGGGCUCUACUCGAUGGCCAAAUUAUCCUUGAACAGCACAGUUGUCUCUCAAGCAGUCCUGACGAGCUCGAUCAGGGCCACCGGGAUUUAUCAAUCGGUCGUAAUUGCAAACUUUUCGAGGCGAUCGUCUCUUUGCUACGCAACUUCUUUGCGAACGAUACCAUCACCAAUCUCUAUCUUACCGAGGCGAUCAUAGCCGUUACUGCAUGUGAGCACUUGUCUUUAGUAGGAUGGUUUUUACCGACAGAAGGACAGGGUCAUGUGGAGGAUAACUCCUCGUACAACAUCACCUUUAUCAUUAGCGAGUUGAUUGAACAAGUUCGACAGUGGAAGUCACAGUUUGCGGAAUGGGACCAGUUACUAGCUCGAAGGAGAAUAGAUCUCGCGGAGGAAGAGCCACAAGAACGAAACUUAAACAGAAACCGACCUUUCGAGCAGACACGCCUUACUACUCUGACGACAAGUCAACAUCAUGAUUCACGAUCAAGUAGUCCUACACAAUCACAGUCCAGACCGACCACACCAAGAGGUAGAAAAGUUGCGACCACGGAAUUUGGCUCUAUCGAUAGUACCAUCAGUAAGCCAGCUGGUCACCGGAUGGCUUUAGCUGAGCAUACAAUUGGCCGAUCGCCUCAGCGACCAGCAUUGCCAGCGGACGCCAGUAAAGAAACGGAAAACCAGCUUGAAGCAUCACUUCGCACGCAGAGCAAACUGGCCGCGGUUCUGAGGACACAGGUGCAGCUUGUGAAUACUCAUGCGCCUGAAGAAGCAUCAUCAUCCUUGCCAGUAUUGGCCGGGCGCAUGCAGACCUCGAGUCCGGGACCUAGCAACCUUCGGCUUGCUCUUCCUGGGAGUGAGAAUUCUGGGACAGUGACUCCAAGCAUGCAAGAAGAGCCCGUGCCUCGAAGUCAAGCCAGCGUCAGCCAUAUCAUCACCAAUGCCAUUAUCCUACAAGAAUUUAUCCUGGAGCUUGCCGCCAUGGUGCAGCUCCGCGCAACCUUCUUUGACGAGGUUGACCUCAACGUAAAAGUGAAGGACAAAGAAUGA